GGGGCUGGAGUAUUAAAUGUCUGGAGAGCAUCCGUUAGCUGUGAUUCGCUCUGAGACACAGACCGGCAGCGGAGCGUCAAAUAUUGUAGUUUUAUUAUUGAUUUAAAGAGGAUAUAUUUAUUACACACGGGUUUCGUUGGAUAAAACGCACUCCGAAGACAUUCACUCAGUGGAACAUUUGGAUUUCACUCAGUUAUCUGUUCCGUCAAGUUUAAUUUGUGAGUCUUAACGGCAGCAGUCAUGCCGCUGGUGUUAACCAUGUCCAGUGGGAAUUAUGAUUACGACUACGACACGGUCCAGCCCUACUUCCUGGAUGGCGAGGAGGAGGACUUCUACCUGCCUCCACGCAGCCAGCUCCUCCCAGGCCCUGGCGAGGACAUCUGGAAGAAGUUUGAGCUGCUGCCGACGCCCCCCCUGUCCCCCCGCCGGAGCCCCGCGCUGUCUGAUGUCCCUCCCCUCUCCGCCGCCGAGCACCUGGAAGCGGUGUCUGAGCUUCUGGACGGAGACUGUAACCCCUCUGCCGCCCUCCUCCAGUCCUUCAUCAUCCAGGACUGCAUGUGGAGCAGCAGCUUCGCCGCUGCCACCAAGCUGGAGAAGGUGGUGUCCGAGAGGCUGGCCUUGCUCCGGGCCCGACGGCCCAACACAGAAACCGAGUCCUCCACGACCAGCAACGACAUCGCCACCGCAGACAGAGCAGCUGAGCAGCAGGUGGACACGGGGUACCUGCAGGACCUCCACACUGCAGCAACGGACUGCAUCGACCCCUCCGUGGUGUUCCCAUACACCACGCUGAGCGAGAAGAGUGAGGGCGGAACGGGGGUGGAGGCAGAACUGGUUGUGGACCCGCAGCCUCUCAGCAGCAGUGACAGUGAAUCAGAAGAAGAAGAAGAAGAAGAAGAUGAGCAGCAGGAGGAGGAGGAGGAGGAGGAGGAGGAGAUCGAUGUGGUGACAGUGGACAGACGGAGGCUGUCCGGUCGGUCUGACGGCAGCAGACCAGACGCCUCCUCGCUGGUCCGCAAACGCUCUCACUUCAGCAUCCACCAGCACAACUACGCUGCCCAGCAGCCCUCAGCGGCGCCCCAGCAGCCUGCCGGGAAACGGAUGAAGACGGAGAUCGGCUGCGCGGCGCCCAGGCAGAGCGGCGUCCGGCGCUGCUGGAGCCCUCCGUCAGACGGCGAGGACAACAACGACAAGCGCCGGACUCACAACGUGCUGGAGAGGCAGCGCAGGAACGAGCUGCGGAGGAGCUUCGUGGCUCUGAGGGACCAAGUCCCGGCCGUGGCCAACAACGACAAAGCGGCCAAAGUGGCAAUCCUGAAAAAGGCGACGGAGUUCAUCUGGGAGGUGAGAGAGGACGAGAGGAGGCUGCUGAGGACAAAGGACGAGCUGAGGAAGAGGAGCAGGGAGCUCCGACAAAGGCUGGAGCAGCUCAGGACUUUACAUUAACUGUUUAUUUUAUGUUACAUCAUGUCCACAACAUCCAGGCUGCAGCUAACAUCUUUAUGAACAAUUAUUAUUUAGUAUAAAAAAAUCUGACUCAUGCAACCUGAACAGGAACUACAAGGACCAUGGUGCACUGACCGGAUGUCUGUAUUUAUUUAUUUUUUAUUGACAUAUUCUGCACAUUUUUAUUUAAAAUAGUUUAGAUCAGGAUUCAGACCAGGAUAAACUGACUGUGCUAGUAACAAUCAUGAUUAAUGAUUUAAUAAUAUUUUUUUAUUUUAUUUCAUCAGUAAUAACUCCUGGAAACAUGUUUUUCUUUUAUUGUAUUUUCUUUUUUUUUAUCAAUUUUAUAUUUUUACAUCAUUUUCACAACAUCCUGGCUGCAGCUAACAUCUUUAUAUAAUAUUAUAAAUAAUAACUCAUAACCCAAACAGGAACUACAAGGACCAUGAUGCACUGCAUUUAUUUUAUUUUUAUUGAUAUAUUUUGCACAUUUUUCAAGUUCAGAUCUUGAAAAAUAGAUUUAUAUUCAGCAUCUGACUGACAAUCAUGAUGAGCAAUAAUUUAACAUUGUUUUUUUUUUUGUUUCAUCAGUUGUAACUCCUGGAAACAUGUUUUUCUUUUAUUCUUUUUUCUUUUUUUAACUUAUUAGAGUUUAUAUUUUUAUAUUGUUCUCCCUCUGCACGAGAGAGAGACUCUUCAAAAUAAAAGCCCUCCAAACACUGGAGGUGGAGUUGGAAGUUUGUCUGUUUGUUUGUUUAUUUGUUCACAUAAAAAUGGUGCUGAACUCGAGGCCACAAACCAACCGUUUAUUUAUUGAUUUUGACUGAAAUAUCACAAUUUUAAGCUUCCUUUUGGUCACUUUUUCUUAGGGAAACAUUUGUAACAGAUGUUUAAUGCACAAAAAUGUGGGGUUUUUUAUCAUCAGAAACAUCAUCAUUUGGGGGAACUACACAAUCACUGUUUACUGUCUGUAUAUGAGGCUGACCAGUUUUCUCUCUUUGCUGAUUUAAAUUAAAUAUAAGUAAAUAAAAGAGAAGCUCUGAUGGUCA